CACUUAGCUACUUUCAUUCCCUCAGUAGCUCUUUCCUUCAUUAACAUACUUGUUCUCUCUCUCUCUCUCUCUCUCUCUCUCUCUCUCUCUCUCUCUCUCUCUCUCGCUUAGUGGAACUGGAGGGAGCUAAGGAAAUGAAGUGUGUACGAAGGAAAAGCUUUGGUUAAAAUUGUUGCUUCUGUUUUGACUCUCACUCUCACUCUCUCUCUCUCUCUCAUCUGGGUUCGGUUAGUUUUGUUUGAUGGGUCAUAAUUCUCUGCAAGUUUGCAUGGAUUCAUCUGACUGGCUACAGGGAACGAUUCGCGAGGACUCUCCGAUGGACUCGUCCUCGCCGUUAUCCGGUGACAUGUUAACGUGCUCGAGGCCGUUGGUCGAGCGGAGGCUGAGGCCCCAGCAUGAACAAGCCCUCAAGUGCCCUAGGUGCGAUUCCACCCACACCAAGUUUUGCUACUACAACAACUACAGCCUCUCCCAACCUAGGUACUUUUGCAAGACCUGCAGAAGGUACUGGACCAAAGGCGGGACGCUCAGAAACAUCCCCGUCGGCGGCGGGUGUAGAAAGAACAAGAAAGUUUCUUCCAAGAAACCCAAUGAUCAGAGCCCUUCAUCGUUGAUGAACCAACACCACCACCCUGGAUCAUCUUCGUCGUCGAUAUCUCACAUCCCAACUGAUCUCCACCUUUCUUUUCCCGAUCAGAUGCAGUUCUCACACCUCAAUAACUUGAUGCUUGGAAGUAAUAUGAACCCUAGUAGCUUCAUGGACAAUAGUAACCCUAGACCUAUUGAUUUCAUGGAGAGCAAGUUGGAGGCUAUAGUGGGGAAUGCCAGGAACUAUGAUUUCAUGGGGGGUGGUGCUGAUUUGGGUAUGAUGGGUGGAUAUGGAAAUAAUAUGGGUGGAGUUAGUCAUGGAUUAGAACAUCAGUCAAGCUUUCAUGGCAUUUGCUCAUCUCCAUUUGGGAUGUCAUCAAUUGAUGGGCAGAAUGGUAAUUUCAUGGACAGUUGCCAGAGGUUAAUGUUGCCGUAUGAUCAAGCAAAUCAUGAGGAUCAUCAUCAAAUUAAUGCAAUGGAUGUGAAACCAAACACGAAGCUCUUAUCACUUGAGUGGCAAGACCAAGCUGGUUGCUCUGACCUUGGAAAGGACUCAUUUGGGUACCUCAAUGGCCUAGGAUCAUGGAGCAAUGUGAUGAACAGUUAUGCCCCCUCCACAACAAAUCCAUUAGUCUAAUUACGUAAUUAGGUGUGAUUAGUGACUUCAAUUAAUUAUAAAUCAUCUGCAUUUAGAUCCGUAGGUUAUUUACUACUACUAUGACUACAUGCACUGCCAGUUCUCUAUGCAUGUAUGUGAUGAGUCGACAUCAAAUACAUGCAUAUAUGCAUAUAGGUGCCAAAAUAUCACAUUGCCGAUUCUCAAGAUAAUGUACGUCUUUUAGAAAAACGGUUUAAUUUCCUCGUGUUUUUCCUUUCUGUGGGGUGGUUGGGUUGGGGAGUGGUUAUGUAUGGAGGUGGCAUUGCUUUCAUCUUUAUUGACUUAACAAAGAGUGUGUGAAUGGGAGCAUGGAGAGUCCAGAACUGAGUACUGCAUUUGGCUGCAAGAUAUGAUUGGUUUUUGUUGUAUUAUUAUUAUUA